AGCGACGAUCUUUCGGUGGGGUACGCACGGUAGCUGGUAGGCGGGCGUUCGCGUAGUGUUACGAAUUACGAUGAUCGCCGCGGUAGUAUGCCUUUGUUAUCAUCCGAACCCAUUCGCGCCAGGUGUCUAAUAAAAUCAAAUUUGGUCUCGACCCGAUCAAACGUCGCCAACAACAGAAUGCCAAACAUCAAGGUGUUCAGCGGCACGUCGCACCCGGAUUUGGCGCAGCGGAUCGUCGACCGGUUGGGCAUCGAUGUCGGCAAGGUGGUCACCAAGAAGUUUAGCAACCUCGAAACAUGUGUUGAAAUUGGAGAAUCAGUAAGAGGGGAAGAUGUUUAUAUUAUACAGAGUGGUAGUGGUGAAGUUAAUGAUAAUUUGAUGGAAUUAUUAAUCAUGAUAAAUGCUUGUAAAAUAGCAUCUGCAUCACGUGUUACUGCUGUCAUACCGUGUUUUCCAUAUGCUAGGCAAGACAAAAAGGAUAAGAAUGGCGACAUCCCCGAGAAUGACAAUAAUAGAUCCAGGGCAACCGUCAAGUGCAAUGAAUGGAAGUUUCGGAGUAGAGCACCAAUAUCUGCUAAAUUAGUUGCCAACAUGCUGUCGGUAGCUGGUGCUGAUCAUAUAAUAACUAUGGACCUCCAUGCUUCUCAAAUACAAGGUUUCUUUGAUAUACCUGUUGAUAAUUUAUUUGCUGAACCAGCUGUGUUAAAAUGGAUAAAAGAAAACAUACCUGAAUGGAGAAACAGCAUUAUAGUGUCACCAGAUGCUGGCGGUGCUAAAAGGGUCACGUCAAUAGCCGAUCGUCUUAAUGUUGAGUUUGCUCUUAUUCAUAAAGAAAGAAAGAAAGCUAAUGAAGUGGCAUCAAUGGUUCUAGUGGGAGAUGUUAAAGAACGCAUUGCCAUCUUGGUUGAUGAUAUGGCAGACACUUGCGGCACAAUAUGUCAUGCUGCAGAAAAAUUAACUGAAGCAGGUGCCACUAAAGUGUAUGCUAUUUUAACUCAUGGUAUAUUCUCCGGACCUGCUAUAUCUCGUAUUAAUAAUGCAUGCUUUGAAGCUGUUGUAGUUACCAAUACCAUUCCACAGGAUGGCCAUAUGAAAGAAUGUCCUAAAAUCCGUUGUAUAGAUGUAUCAAUGAUGUUUGCUGAAGCUGUUCGGCGGACACACAACGGUGAAUCAGUAUCGUAUUUGUUCUCAAAUGUGCCUUAUUGAAAUGUUAAAUCAUGUUAUUAUUAUCAUUGCUAUGUACAUGUUUAUUUAUAUAUUCAUAGAUUCAUACAAUAACCUAAUAUGCUCAAUAAAAUAUUGUAAAAUUAUACAGUUUAUAAAAAAUUAAUG